GAAUUCAACAAUUUGUAUCACCCAGAAUUCCUUCAGGAUAUCUUCAUAAAAUACGAAUACCAUUAUUUAAACGCGACUAAAGUUGGAACGUUCACAGUACACAACAGCCUUGGCUGCGCCUUAAAAUGCCUCGGCAAUCCUUUCUGUUUGUCAGUCAACUUGGCUGCUUCCAAAGGAGCAGAUGGAAAGUAUUGGUGUGAGUUGUUAUCGUCUGAAAAAUACAGCAAUCCCAAGAUGUAUGAAGGGAAUAAGAGCUCGCAUCACUUAACCAUUAUGGUGAGACUUAUUUUCCAUUUUCAAUGAGCCAAAACAUUCAUUUAGGGUACAGGUGACAAAUUAGAAAACAGUGAUAAUAAAAACGUACCUUCUGUGCAGACAUUUUGAAAAAGUACUUCCGGUUAGAAUGUUUUGAAAUUGAAAAAUAUCAAGGAGGACUAGGAAAAAUAUGGGUUGAAUUCAACAUUAUUUAUUAAAAAUUUUGAAUUUUACCAGGGAAAAUUGGGUUUCAGUUCACCGUAAUGGUGGUUACAUUAUAGUAAUUUUGGUUGGAGAUUCAUGCUAUCUAGCCAUCACAAUAAAUGAAGAGAUUUACGAAAGAAGGGAAAGAAAAAAACAACGAAAGAAAUAAAGAAAUGAAGAAACAAAAAGAAUUCUAAUAAGAACGCUGAAAUCUGAGAAUGAAUAUGAUGAUGAUAUCUGAUUCGCAAACGGUUUUAACUGAAAAAGAAAAAUAAAGAAGAAAAAUAAAGGAAGAAAUGAUACUAUUGAAGAAUAAAAGAUAGCACUACUAACAUAACGCUCUUUUUUCUAUUUCAGAGUCCAUGUUUGUCUUCACCGUGUCAAAACGGAGGUAUUUGUACAGCAGACUUCAAAAAUCACGCCAAGAGUACCAUGAUUGAAUGUCAAUGCAAAGGAGGUUUUAGCGGAAAAUUUUGCGAAAGAGGUAAUUACUGUGCUCUGAAAAUUAUAUGUGGAAAUGGUCAAUCCGUUUGAGAAACUUACCAUUUACUAAUAAUUAAAUAUCCAGAAGAAGUGUGAAGACCUUUUGAAUCAGAACUGACACUUCACUUUCUCUACUAGUAAUGCUACUUAUCGAAUUGGUCGUGACACUCUGAGAACUUUAAUAGCGCGUGAGUUGGUUUCAUCAUAAAGCACCAAUACAUAUUUCUUGAUCACUCAAAAAAGUCGUUAAAGGGAGUGAAGUCGUGAAUAUUUCAAGCUGAAAAUAAUGCAGUGGAACCUCGAUCAUUAUAACGAACUAUUAUGCAACGAAGUUCUUUCUAAAUCGAACGAUAUCAUCUUGCCCCUGCAGUAUAAUAGUAAAAUAUAUGGAUUCGAAAAGAUCCUGUAUGUGAUAGCGAAACCUCGUUAUAGCGAAUAGAUUUUGCCUGUCUCUUGGCCCUUCGUUAUAUAGAGGAUCCAUUGUACAUGUUUUUUUCUGACUUCAUGACGUACCGCAAGGGAAGGAUUUUCCCUGUACAUUGAUCCCCUAUAAUAGAGAGGUUAAGCAUCUCACGUUCACCUCUAGCGGCAAACGCGAAUUUGUACCAAGUGACCGAGUUUCACCUUUACUUGUCAGUUAUUGUUCAUUAUUUUAACACGUUAAUUAGUAGUUUCACGCAAUUUUUUAUCCAUAAGAAUUGUUUUGAGCUGUUUUAUCUGCUCAUGUUGAGAAAUUCUUAGUACGGAGUCUGGCGUUUGUCGUUUGCCGUAAACAUGAUGCUUAAACUCUCUAAUGUUCUUUUAUACUCCCGAUUAUUUUCAUUCAUUUCUCAGAGCAGGUUGGCGUAUUCACCCGAAAGCGAUAGCAGUGUAAAAAUUUAUCCGAGUCUCAGUUACCUGGCAGGUGUGCUUAAAAAGGCGAAGAGUCGUGAAAGCCUUUUGGGUUACCUUUGGACCUCAAAUUUUAGUUUUCGUUUCCCCUUUCAGUUUAUAGAUCAUUUUCCUUUUUUUUUUUUCAGCCGCUGCAAAGUCGUCCUCCUUAUUUUCACGUAAGCGGGGCCUCUCUCUGCCACUCUCUUCUGCCUUGACAAGAUAAAAGAAAAUAGAUAUUUAAAAUUUUUAUUACUUCGUAUCUAGGCUGAAGCCUGUCGUCUGUAGCUUCCGGGGUGGCCAGUGAAAAAGGAGGGUAAAGUCUGAAAUAGGACGGCGUGAGGGAUGAGGGAACUGGGAACUCUUCCACUCUUACUCGGUCUCCCUCGAGCACUCUUUCCCGUCCUCGCGCGUCGGAUUUACAUCUUCCCACAUUUCAUGCAAACAAUUUCUGCACUGAAGUCUCAUGGGAUAACGGAUCGUUGAGUUCUUUAUUUUAUUAUUAAAGCCCCUGUUAGGAAGUUGAGGAGAGUAAUUUGUUUUGUUGACAAAAAAAUAAUAUUUUAGUAUCAACAUUAUGAGCUACAGAUUUGUCAGUAUAAAAUGCAAUAAUUGUAAUCACGUGAUUAGUAGACGUCUGGUCUUAAGACAAAGGACACUUUCCAUUUGUCAGAACUGGCCAGCCCGGACUGGCCCAAUCAUAAGGAGAAUUCCACCAUUAAUCAAGACUAUCCAGCCAGAUCAGUUAAUUCCUUAAUGAUACAAGGAAGUGGCAGGCUUCGAGAAAAUACUAAAAUUUCAUUUUAAAAUUACCUCCUCGGUCUGUCCGCCGGCGAGUUCCGAUUUUUUGAAAGCGCUCUACGACUGCGUACGUUGAAGCUCAAUCAUUUUCAUUUACGCUACAGAGAAUUCUACCUGAAGGGAGCUGGGAAAAUUUAAAAUGUGAUUCUCUUGUGAACAGGUUAAAAGAGACUCGGCUGGUCACUCUUCUCCUUGACUCAAAUCUAACUACCGUUCUCUGCCACAUGGGAGAUUUUGGAUGUGGAGAUGGAGGAUGGACACCAGUCAUGAAGAUGGACGGCAACAAGGUAAACAUUCGAGUGUGGUUUACCUCUAAUUUUGCAGGGCGAAAAAAUACGAAAAAUAAAAUAAUCUACAAUCAACUAGAAGUUUCUCUUUUUUAAUUCUCUGCGCAGAUAUUUUAAGGAGAGAUUAACUGCUCGGGAAAAAAAAAACAGUACAGUAUGUUGUCCAGUAUCCGGCCGGUACCAGUAUCAAAAAAAAAAAAAAAAAAAAAAACAUGGGGCGCCCAUUUCAGUUCUCGGUAAACGAAGUAUUUCGAAUAAAUGCCGAACAUUUCAGCUUUAAGAUGAAAGUUUUGGCGCGUUACAGCUUGCGAAACAGUUGCGGAAGGAACUCUUCGCACCCAUGCAAUGUUGGUAAAAUUGGCGUAUUCAACACCAGUGCCCGAUUUAUGAGGCAAUUAUAAAAUUUUCAGUAUACUUUCAAAAUGUUAAGCAAAUUGAAAUCGUUUCGUUUAUUUUCGCGAAGCGAAGGCCGUAAUGCCCGCCUAGCGAGUUUAAAUUUUUUUUUCGCUCGGUGCGCAGCGCACGGAUCGUGCGUAGAUCAUAGCGUGCUGCAAUCUCAACAGUGGCCCAUAUAUAUUUCUAUGUAACCAUUUUUCUUUAGUGCCCGCAAUGUAAUGACGUCAUCAAGCAAGAGGCUUGAUCGGUUUUGUUUUGACUGUUUUUGCGGCCGUUUUGGAUUUCGAGAAAUGCUUUUGGCAGUUACUUUCGGGCUAGAGUAUUUUACAGAGAAAAAUGAAGCAAUUUGGAUCAGUACCUUCAAAUAACUGGAUAAAAGAACAUUUGCCAGUGCGUCUCAUUUCGCACGUUGGCUUAGUAGGUUGCAGGAUACAGUUUGUUUAUUUGUCGGAAGUGUGUUGCAGUUCGGCUUUUUACCGUCAAAUAUAAAACCUCGCCUUUCCCUUAAAUCUGUACUUUUGAAUUCAAGCCAGACACAGAGGAAAACCAAUAAUGAAUUGGUUGGCCGAUUGAUCAAUCAAAGACUGGUUUAAACUCCGUUGAACUCGAGCGGAGAGAAUUAAGACCGAAAUAAUGCAAAAUGGCUUUAAAAAAUGCUUUUAAGCUAUUUUUCCUCAAAUUAAUCUAUUACAGAAUGAUAAAUACAGCUCCAUCCACUUCAAACAGCUUUUAUGGCAGAGAAAAGCACUGUGGCAGCGUAGCGCAGUGGUCUAGGAUCUGACUUCACUUGGAGGAGGUUGGAAGGGUGUGCCGAUUCAAACCCAAGUGAAUAUUCCUUUCCCCAUUCUUGUAAAUAAAGUAACACAAAGUGGGACAUAUUUAGAACCAAAAGAGUUUUAUGAUGCUAGCUUAUUAAACGUUUGACUUGAGGAAGGACUAACUGAUCAUGGGAAAGACAAAUAAACUACACUACUACUUCAGUUUCACAAUAUUUUAGUACUAUUCUGAGGAAAUGUCCUUACCAAAUGUGCAGACGAAAUAAUAAUAGACUAUGCUUUCUUUGAAUCAUACUAUUUCUGUCAAUGAGAAAUUAUGUUUUAUAUUAUCAAUUCUUUCACAGCGAACUUUUCACUACGACUCACGUUACUGGACAAACAAAGAAACCGUUACCCCUGACGGAGGGAAGACUGGUUUCGAUAUACAGGAGACCAAGCUUCCAUCCUACUGGAACACAUCCUUCUCCAAGAUCUGCCUCGGUAUGAGGAUUAACAACCAGUCCAGGUUUAUUGUAAUCAAAAGGACCGCGACUUCUCUGCAUUCAUUGAUCGCUGAUGGAAAAUACCGCAACACCUCACUGGGUCGUGACACCUGGAAGUCGCUGAAUGGUUCUGAGGCCUCCAUGCAGUUCAACUGUAACAGGGAAGGAUUUAAUGCCAAGAGUGACAAGCAGUAUAGUCAGGGUAGAGACCAGGCGAAAGCAAGAAUUGGAAUCCUCGGCAACAAUGAAAAUGAUUGCGGUCAGUGUGACUCCAGAAUCGGGUUUGGCACUGGAGGAGUUCACGACGACUCCAACACAUGUGGAAACGAGGCUAAAAUUACUCCACUCGAUAAUGGCUAUAAACAUAUUAAAGCAAUGGGCUAUAUUUUGGUGCAGUGA